CAACGAAAUUGAGACUGGUAAUGAAUUUGGGGCUCUAAAUUUUUUGAGUAGACUUAGCUAUACCAUUCUAAACCCAUUGCCAUCAUAUCCUACCUACGGAAUAUACAUCUUCGAUAUCUAUAUUUAGAGACGUAUUGCCGAGUACAAAGAGUAAUCAUCGAGAGUCAAACAGACAAUUGAAGUGGUAGUUGACUUAGAAUAUUUUAUCUUUCUUACGUCUUUCUUACGCCGGUAGAAUAAAUAAGCCACGCCUAGCCCGAUAAUAUAAGAAAAACUAGCGCUCCCAAAUGAAGUUACCUUUAAGUAACAUCUGGAACCGGCAACGUUCUCAUGACUAUGUACCUGUCGACGGAUCCGAAGAGAAUGGGAACCCUGCUGCAGCAAGGAUAGGCUCAGCGGAUAAAAUAAUACAAUCGGCCCCGAAAAGGCAACGCUGGCGAAACUAUCUCACAUGCGGCAGUAUUUGGGGGUUGAUCAUAUUAGCUUCUGUCUUGCUCAUAAGCUUGCUCCUCUCUAUCGCUAGGAGUCUAUGGGGCCUGGAAGAUGACCCAGACAAAGUAUUUGGGAACUGGGGAAAGCCAGGUACAGAAACAGAGGGGUUGGCCUGGUACCCUACAGACUUUCUCCGUGAUGUUCUUCCGAUUCGAUGUCACUCGCAUAACGAUUACUGGCGCAAGGUUCCUCUCUUCUCGGCUCUACACGCUGGUUGUAUCGGGGUCGAAGCAGACGUUUGGCUUUUCAACGACGAUCCAGAACUCUACGUUGGACAUGAUGAGGCCGCUUUAACUCCGAAUCGCACAUUUACGUCUCUGUACGUAAAUCCUAUAGUGGACCUACUCAAUCGCACGAACCUGCAAACACAAUUCUAUAACGGUACACGUCGAGGUGUUUUCGACUACGACCCGGAACAGACAGUAAUUCUCCUUGUGGACUUAAAGACUGGCGGGGCUAAGACUUGGCCACAUGUCCUAGCACAGCUCGAACCCUUGAGAUCGAGGGGCUGGUUAACUUCCUUCGACGAUGGGGUUGUCCAUCAGCGCCAAGUAACCGUCGUUGGGACGGGGAAUACGCCGUUCGAUCUACUCGCAAAAAACGCGACGUAUAGAGACGCAUUCUUCGAUGCCCCUCUGACAAAUAUGUGGGAGGAUCCAGAUGCCUCGGACACGAAGUCUACCGAAGUUCCUAUCUAUAAUGACUCUAAUUCAUUUUAUGCGAGCACAAGCUUUGCAGAUAGUAUAGGGAUCGUCCUAGGCGGUUUCAGUGAAAAACAACUUCGUACGAUCCGCGGUCAGAUCAAGGGUGCUCAUCGCAGAGGACUAAAGGUUCGAUAUUGGGACACGCCUGGCUGGCCAAUUGGUAUCAGAAACAAAGUCUGGCACACAUUGAUGGAAGAGGGCGCAGACAUAUUGAAUGUGGAUGAUUUGAGGGGAGCUUCGAAAUUAGACUGGUGACGGGGUCUUGCUAUAGAAAAGGAGGCAAUGGCUAUAUCCUAUUCCUAUUCCUGAUUAAACAUCGUAAAAUACAUAGUUUUACAUAGACUCUUAGACUCUUAAACAACUACGCGUAGGGGAAUAAAGCUAUAAUAGCCCCACUCUACAGGGUAGUAUUUAGAGCUAUUGACGGCCCCACCCCCGCUAUUACAUAUGUACCUACCUAGGUUAAGACACUACGCAUCUCGAAUCAAAG